AUGAGUAAAAUCACCAAAUUUUUCAAGUCCUCCGCUGGCUCUGGGUCUUCUAAAGGCAGGAAAGGGGCCCCCAGUGCCCAGGAGGCUUUGUUCAGACUUCGGGAAACAGAGGAGAUGUUAACUAAGAAACAGGAAUAUUUGGAAAAGAAGAUCGAACAGGAACUUGCCACAGCAAGGAAGCACGGAACCAAAAACAAGAGAGCUGCAUUACAGGCUCUAAAGAAAAAAAAAAGAUUAGAGAAGCAGUUAAUGCAGAUUGAUGGCACCCUCUCCACCAUUGAGUUCCAGAGAGAAGCACUAGAAAACUCCCACACCAACACCGAGGUGCUGAAAAACAUGGGCUAUGCCGCCAAGGCCAUGAAAUCAGUGCACCAAAACAUGGAUCUUGAUAAGAUUGAUGACCUUAUGCAGGAUAUUCAUGAGCAGCAAGAUGUUGCACAAGAAAUUUCUGAUGCCAUUUCUCGACCAAUUGGUAUUGGUGAAGAGUUUGAUGAGGAUGAGUUAAUGGCAGAAUUAGAAGAGCUGGAACAGGAGGAUCUCAACAGACACAUGGCCAGUGUCACUUUGCCUAGUGCACCAUCUCACAAACUUCCUGCCCGGCCAGGUAUACAAGUUUCUGAAUGUCUGAGAUUAGUCAUGUAA